UGGGCGCGGGACUCUGACGUCGUUACGCGCCACAGAAACCGGGAAGCGAACUAACUUUCGCUUUCUCAACCGAGUCUUCUGGGGAACAGAAAGUCAGCGAAAACUGUGGACAAAGAAAACGGCGACCCACAGCCCACCUUUGCGCAACAGUCUCUCUGACAUCGUGUAAUACACGAAUAAUAGAGUAUGGCUGGAGAACCUGCUGAGAGGACCGAUCUUGGAGGUGAUGUGGAGGAAGGGAAGCUGACGGGAGACGAAACGGACGCCAAACCUGACCGCAGAGGGAGAUUUCUGCUGUUCGGCAGUAAGAAGAAUAAGGAUGGCCAGACGCGGGAGCAGGACUACUCUUCUGAAAGCCAUUACAGAAUUGUUUCACCAACAUUCCAGUAUAAGAUGAGCCACCAGCGAGUGGGCAAGUGCAUCAUCAUCAACAACAAAAACUUUGAUGAAAAGACAGGGAUGAAUGUACGCAAUGGCACGGACCGAGACGCAGGUGAGCUGUUCAAGUGCUUCAAGAGCCUUGGCUUCGACGUCUUCAUCUACAAUGAUCAGACAUGUGAGAAGAUGGAGCGUCUUCUCAGAGAAGCCUCGGAGGAAGACCAUAGUGACAGCUCGUGUUUCGCCUGUAUCCUGCUAAGCCACGGUGAGGAGGGCAUGAUCUACGGCACAGAUGGAGCCAUGCCCAUCAAGACCAUGACCUCGCUGUUCAGGGGGGACAUGUGCAAAAGCUUAGUUGGAAAGCCAAAACUCUUCUUCAUCCAGGCUUGUCGGGGUUCCGAAUUUGAUGAUGGUAUACAGACUGAUUCGGGUCCGCCAAACGACACCCUGGAGACGGAUGCUAAUCCAAGACAUAAGAUCCCUGUAGAGGCAGAUUUCCUCUUUGCCUACUCCACUGUGCCAGGGUAUUACUCAUGGAGGAACCCUGGACGUGGUUCCUGGUUUGUCCAGGCACUCUGCAACGUCCUCAACGAGUUUGGCAAGCAGCUGGAGAUAAUGCAGAUCCUGACACGGGUCAACUACAUGGUGGCCACCAGCUUUGAGUCCUGGUCUGAAGACCCACGUUUCAGUGAGAAGAAGCAGAUUCCCUGUGUGGUCUCUAUGCUGACGAAAGAACUGUAUUUCAACUGACCGCCAACCUAACUUACUGUACUGUAUGACAUCACUGACUGACUGACUGAUUGACUGACUGACAGACUGACUGUUUCAGGUACCGGCUAAGCGGUCAAAGCAUUCAGGGAUGAUUCAGGCCCAGCAGGACACUGCUCAUUUGGAGCACAUAUUAACAUUUUGCAUGUGUAGUUGGGCCCGAAAACCAGCACUCCGUGAAGAAAAAAAAAAAAAAAAUUUACAGUGGCACUCCGCGUUCAUGUGUUGAUGGUGAAAUUUAUUCCUCUUCAGGUUUUUCUUCAGAAUAAUGGCGUCACAUUUGAUCUGAUCUUUGUCGACAGGCAUUGUGAAAUAUCCAUGUUAUUCUACCAGCCCGGAAAAUUUGCUGCCAGUUUUUGUGGGUUUGGGGAAUCAUAUCUAAAUAUGUGUCUCUCCAUUUUCCAGCAUUUGCAAUAGAUGUUGACACGGACUCUACCUACUGGGCAAGGGCAAGCAAGGACAGGAAAAAGUUGGCACUAUCAUUUACUGCAUGGAAUCAGCUUCUGAAUAACUGAAAUAACUGGCAUUUGGUGUUCUGAGAGUAGUCUCUCAAGAAACUGAUCAUAAACCUGUCUAAUGCAGUCCAUUGCAUCUGUAGAGUGUAUAAUACUCUAUUACUAUUACACAGUAAAGUAUAUUGGAAACCAGGUGAGAGUUGAAUGUUUUUAAAGCCUUAAUUAAUUAAUCUUAUCCUUUUUAUAUUUAUAUAAUAUGAUUUUUCGAAACUAGUCUAAGUGAAGCUUCUUUUGAGAUGCACCAAUAAGUCUAUAGAAAUUUCAACUAGGGAUUAGAAUAGAGUGAUUACAGACCCUUUGAUUGAUAUAUGAGAGAUGAGGGACCUGCCUUGAUUACAAACCUGGUCCACCGAAUUGUUAAAGCCAAAAAAAAAAAAAAAAAAAAAAAAA